UGCCCCGCCUCCAGGAUGGGCAGCCGCUCGCUGUCGGAGGACUACCGCCUGUGCCUGGAGCGCGAGCUGCGGCGCGGGCGCGCGGGCGUGUGCGGGGACCCGUCGCUGCGCGCGGUGCUCUGGCAGAUCCUGGUGGAAGACUUCGACCUGCACGGCGCGCUGCAGGACGACGCGCUGGCGCUGCUCACCGACGGCCUGUGGGGCCGCGCCGACCUGGCCCCCGCGCUGCGCGGCCUGGCCCGCGCCUUCGAGCUCCUGGAGCUGGCCGCCGUGCACCUCUACCUGUUGCCCUGGAGGAAGGAGUUCACCACCAUCAAGACGUUCUCAGGGGGCUACGUGCACGUGCUGAGGGGCGCGCUGUCCGAGGACCUCCUCGUCCAGAGCUUCCAGAAGAUGGGCUACGUGCCUGGGGACAACCACUGCCUCAUGGUGACCGCCCCGCCCCCUGCCUGUCAGCUGGUGCAGGUGGCCCUGGGCUGCUUCGCCCUGCGGCUGGAGUGUGAGAUCCUGGGCGAGGUGCUGGACCAGCUGGGCACCAGCGUGCUGCCGGCCGAGGCGCUGCUGCAGGCGCGGCGGGCCAGCGUGGACGUGGCCUCCUGCGUGGCGUGGCUGCAGCAGAGGCUGGCCCGGGAAGAAGAGCCGCCGCCCCUGCCCCCCCGGGGCUCCCCGGCGAGGUUCCGGGCCCAGCUGGACCUGUACCGGGACCUGCAGGAGGACGAGAGCUCGGAGGAGGCCAGCCUGCACGGAGGGUCCUCGCCAGGCCCCAGCUCACCCUCCCCAGAGCCGGCCUACCGGCCGCUGCCCUGGGAGCAGAGCGCCAGACUGUGGGGCGCGGGCGGCGAGGCCUGGGGGCCGCUGGAGGAGGCCGCGGGGCCGCAGCGGGCCAGCAGCCCGCCCUACGGGGCCUUGGAGGAGGGAGAGCUGGGGCCUGAGGCCUUCUCGUUCCUGUCGCUGCGUCAAGGGUUGCUGAGCCAGCCCGGGGACCCGGCUGUCCCCCCAGGCCCCAGCAGCCCCAGGCGGGCCGGCCCCCAGCGCGUGCCCGGGCCCGUCCCCACAUCCCCAGGCUACCAGGCACACGGCUGCCUGGCCCCUGGCGUCCUGCCCACCUGCUGCUGCCACACAUGCCGCCAGCUGCACGCCGCCCACUGCGCGGCCCUGCCUGCCUGCCGCCGGGGCCACGAGCUGCGUGCGCUGCUGGGCAGCACCCAGCAGCGCCUGUGGCUGCAGCGGGCAGAAGUGGACACCCUGCUGUGCGAGGGCCCUGGGGCCCGGCCGUAG